UGUGACGUGACUCGGCAUUUUCUCACUUGCUGUCACUUUUCUCGUAAUAAAUGAGUGUUUUUGAGCUUUUCCGCGGAUUUUUUAUGGAGCCAGGAGGCAACAACCGUGGUGGUAAGCCGAGGGAGCCUUUCUUUGAUGGGCUGAUCCAUCAUGAUGAUGAUGAUGAUGAAGGGGAGGACGGAUUUCAUCACGAGUUCUUGGACAGGUUCGAUGAUGUGUUCAGAUUUGGAUUCAGUCUCGGGCCAAAUGGAAUGCGCAUCCAGGAGCCGCAGGUGUUUGGCCAAAUACUCCAGGAUAUGGAGGACAUAUUUGCCGGCCUAGGCCGCUUCGGUCGUGAUUUGCCCAGUAUCGAGGCUCCACCGCAGGAGAAACCAGACGACAAGAGAAAAGGAGGAACCGGGAACCCUCUCAGAGAUUUCAUGUUGAAGAACCCAGACGAUCCUGCUCGUAAUUUGCCCUCUGUAGCACCUAGAGAUGUGAAUCCUUCCUCCCCUGGUGGCUCAGGUGUACCCAGGAGCCCUUUCUCUGACUGGACACCAUUCUCCAGGUUUAAGGACACGUGGAGUGAGCGAACAAGACCACGCGAGGAAGAAAGGAAGGAGGAUGGAGAUCUAGAUUCUCAGGUGUUUUCAGGAGGACUGGACCAGAUCUUAACGCCGACUCCCUCACAGCCAAGUAUGCGCUCCUUCUUCAAGUCUGUAACUGUUACCAAAGUGGUUAAACCUGAUGGGACAGUAGAAGAGAGACGUACAGUCAGAGAUGGCCAGGGUAAUGAAGAGACCACGGUGAUCCGCUCAGGAGGUCCUGGUGCUCAGGAAGGUCCACGAGAUGAAGCUGCUUCUCUCACACCAGGUGAGACCGGCCAGUCCUCCAUGUUCUCCAGGUUUUUUGGUCGCUUCGGAAGGUGAAAACAAACAGGACUGGAGGACUUCUGAGGAUGAGAGAGAGAGAGAGACAUAAGAACAGACCAGAAGAGGAUUAAAGGCUGUGACAAACUACUGACUGCUGAUUAUUCAUCUGUAAAAUAUAUUUCUCAAACAUUGUUCAGUGUAAAAGUGUGUGUGUGUGUGUGUGUGUGUGUAUAGGUGUUAAGAUUUCCAGAAUGUAAAUAAAAGAUAUUAUAUUUUA